GAGAAUCUCCGAGGAGCCGACAGGAGCCGACAGGUACCCUCCUCCUCUCCCUGCAUCCGUUCCCGGUGAGAGCACCAGAGGAUGAGCUUGCUUCCCACACCUCUGUGACGGAGGAGCCUCAGCAGAACGAAUCGAACGCCGAAGCAGAGUCUUCCUCAGCCAGCGGUCAGCUAUGCCAUUGGUGAAGCGGAUCAUUGAACCUAGGUUUCUGUGCCGCGGCACGCUGCCUAAUGGGGUCGCCAGUGAGCUGGAGUGUGUCACCAACAGCACCCUGGCCGCCGUCAUCAAACAGCUGGGAGGACUCAGUCGUCAUGCAGAGGACAUCUUUGGUGAGCUCUUCACGGAAGCCAACAGUUUCUACCUGAGGAUGAGCAGCCUGCAGGAGCGAGUAGACCUGCUGGCAGUAAAGGUCACACAGCUGGACUCCACUGUGGAGGAAGUAUCUCUGCAGGAUAUCAACAUGAGGAAGGCUUUCAGGAGCAGUACCAUCCAGGACCAGCAGGUGGUGUCACGGAGCUCCAUCCUCAACCCGGUACUGGAGAUGUACCAACGCUGUGACAAGCCCCCACCCCUCAACAUCCUAACUCCCUACAGGGAUGAUAAGAAGGAUGGACUGAAGUUCUACACUGAUCCCUCUUACUUUUUCAAUCUGUGGAAGGAAAAAAUGCUGCAGGCCACUGAGAACAAACGCAAAGAGAAGAGACGACAGAAGGAGCAGAAACAUGUGGAGGAGUCUUCAGGACGGGAGGUGAAGAAGGUUCGGAAAGCUCGUAACAGGCGGCAGGAGUGGAACCUGAUGGCCUAUGACAAGGAGCUCCGCCCAGACACUCGAGUAACACCAUCCCCUUACCACACCUCAGAUGGCUCGAUGUCACCUGACAGGUCGGGAAUGUCAGACAACCCUUCCUUCCCCUCCAGCCCCCACCACCGUGAUGGGAAUGGGCAUGAUGGGAAGGAUCACGUUGCCAUUGCAACCGGCGGAAGUGGUCAAACUCAGUCGUUAGACCGUGCCCUUCGACCUGCCUCUGCGGUCACUGUGGCAUCAGCUCGGCAGCACUCACUGGGCCGCAACCAGAUACACCACCACCACCACCACUUGCAGCCACUUGUCAGCUCAGCCAGUCAGAACGGAACAAGGAGCAAUGGCUCCAAGGAAGCCAAGUACACACACACACACACGUUUCCUGCAGCAGCAUAAAGCCUGCAGUGCACACUGGUAUGACUCUUUUUUGACCUUUGACCUCCAUCUCUCCUCAGAGAUCACCAGAUCCCUCCAGCCCCCCCGCCGCCUCCCCCACUCAUGCCAUCAGGUGGACAGAUGGCGUUUCCCAACAGCUCCGCCCACGCCG